AUGACCCUUCCUACUGUUCAAACAUCAGACGAUUGUUGUGACCUGGAGGACAACCACAUCAUGCUCUUUCUGCAGGGAAUUGUUGACCAUGAGAUGAGGUUUCUUGACAUUGUAACUGGUUGGCCUGGGGGAAUGACGGUGUCUAGACUUUUAAUGCGUUCAGGAUUUUUCAAGCUCUGUGAAGGUGGACAGCGUUUGAAUGAAAAUUUUAGAACUUUAUCUGGAGUAGAGAUUAGAGAAUACUUAGUUGCUUCCAUUUCCGCUUUCAAUGCUGUGCAUGGGGCUGCAAGGUCUGUUGCGGUAAUGGCAUUCUCGCAGUUAAAGGGCACUUGGAGAAUCCGUAACAAGGUCAUGUGGAGAUCCGAUAAGCGGAAACUUCCGAGCAUCAUCUUGGUCUUCCACGGUUAUUUGAAGAGAUCCCUAAUUUGUCCACGCCCAAUUCCUUCUCAACCAAUGAUUCUGAAGAGGAAUAUUUAUUCUUGUGUUCCUGUACUGCUUCAGUCUGACUGUGGUCAGUUGCUACAGCGUCCACCUUCUAGCCCUUGCCAACCAUCAAAUCAAUGCCGGCAUCCUGAUCAGUGGUUUCCCACAACUCAAGCACCUGACCAUCAGCCACUAUGGUGUCUCUUCUGCUUAUCCCCAAUGUAG